GCCGCCUCAGCAGCAUCUCCUCCCGGGUUAGACAAGUCCAAGUGAACGCUGCACCUGAGUCAGAACAGAAGUCAUCAUGUCCAACUUUCGCCGUGGGUUUACCAGCUCUUCCAUGUCCAACAUGAAGACCGGCUCCAGCAGGGGGUCGAGGAGCGUGUACGGCGGUGCAGAUGGUAGAAGUGUCCGCGUGUCCUACGCCUCCAACGGCCUCGGCGCUGGUUUUGACUUGGGAAGUGCCCUCGGGGGCGGCGGGGGCAGCAGUAUGGGCAUCGGUGGUAGCGAGAAGCAAACCAUGCAGAACCUCAACGACCGCCUGGGCAGCUACCUGGAGAAGGUGCGCGCUCUGGAGUCCGCCAAUGCGCAGCUCGAGUGUCAAAUCCGGGAAUGGAUGGCUAAGCAAGCCCCCAGUGCCAGGGACUACAGCAAGUAUGAGCAAAUCAUCGAGGACCUGCGCAGAAAGAUUUAUGAUGCGUCACAAGACAAUGCCAGGAUGAUGCUGCAGAUUGACAACGCCAGACUGGCAGCAGAGGAUUUCAGAAUCAAGUAUGAGAAUGAGCUGGCAGUGCGUAUGUCCGUGGAGGCCGACAUCAUGGGACUGCGCAAGGUUCUGGAUGACCUCACCAUGGCACGGUCCGACCUGGAGAUGCAGGUGGAGGGCCUGAAGGAGGAACUGCUCUACCUGAGGAAGAACCAUGAGGAGGAGAUGGCGGCAAUGAGUGGCCAGGUUAGCUCUGUGAAUGUGGAGGUGGAUGCCGCGCCUCAGCAGGAUAUGUCCAGGGUCCUGGAUCAGAUCAGAAGUCAGUAUGAGGGCAUCGCUGAGAAGAACCGCCGUGAAAUGGAGGCCUGGUACAAGACCAAGUUUGACGAACUCAACCAGCAGGUUGCAGCCAGCACAGAGACCCUCCAGACCUCCCGCACUGAGAUCAACGACCUGAAGAGGACCCUGCAGUCCCUGCAGAUCGAGCUGCAGUCCCAGCAAAGCCUGAAAUCAGCCUUGGAGGGCCAGCUUUCAGAGACGGAGAACCGCUACAGCCAGCAGCUGAGCCAGCUCCAGAACAUGGUCUACUCCCUGGAGAACCAGCUCCAGGAGAUGAGGAAGGGCAUUGAGAGGCAGUCCAAUGACUACCAGAUCCUGCUUGACAUCAAGACCAGGCUGGAGAUGGAGAUCGCCGAGUACAGGAGGCUGUUGGAUGGAGAAGUAUCUUCCAGAAAAUCUUCCAGUCAAUCUUCCAGUAGAACUGUGACAGUCAAAGAAGUUGUCAAACAACAGGAAGUCGUUGUUAAACCAGUCAUCACCCAAAGGAGAGUGGUGGUGGUUGAGGAGAUUGUUAAUGGACAAGUGGUGUCACGCACAGAAAAAUCGAGUGAAACAUCCUAGACGGAAUGGAAAACAACACAUCUGCUAUGUUUUUGUCAUACCAAAGUCUGAAAAAACCUUGCAUAUUCUUUAUUUCUCUCUCUGAAAAGGUGUGUGAAAUUAAUAAUUUGAUUUAUUGUCAGGACAUAUUUAUUCUCACGCAUUGUCUAAGCAAUGGAAAAGGUCAAUAGAAAAUAAUUGUGCAUUUAAUCUUCUGUAAAAUAUUGUUUCAAAAUGAAUCAAUCAGAUGCAAUCACAAAAAGGAAAUUAGACCGUUGACCAAGUGUUUGCUAAUCUCUGAGAUGUUAAGAAUGUUCUUAAUUAGGACCAAUCUUCCCAUAAAUCUUGUGUAAAAUCUAUUGUGAAAGGGAUAUUUUCAAUUUCCUAAUAAACAUCUUUCUUCCACUA